CGCUGCUCGGCGCUCGUCAGUUGUAGUGGAACUUUAGUCUCGGUAGGACGUCUCCACGGCCGUUCGUGGUCGCGCCGGGUUCUUGUCUGCUCUGCAUUGUGUGUUUCCAAAUAGGACCCCCCUCCGUAUAGAGGUGUAGGACUAGGGGGCAAGGUGGAAAAAGCUGCCGUGUUUUUGUAUGCUCAGUCUUUGACUUGAAAGUUGCGGUGGCGGUGAUUUUUCUAUUGUUUGUGCUCCCGCGGGAGCCUACUUCGAUGGUUCGCGGGGAAGUGCGUGUGGGUUGCUGCGUUUGUAGCUGAAGAGUUCGCGUAUUCCACGGGGGUGGGCUGCUGCAGCAGGAGGAAACAAGCAGGCGACAAACUAGUUGCCGUUCCGUGGAAGAGAAACGAAGCAAAAAAGUCGUGUUUUUGUGUAUGAGUUUGUUUGGUUGGUUCUUUGGUGGAACCAGAAUUGGUGUUGUGACCGUGACGUAAUUCGUGGCAAUUAAAGGAAGCAGGACAAGCUGUGCUACGCGGAAGUUUCAGUUUCUAAAAGUCACCGACCGUCAUUACCGGCUAACAUCGGCUCACAGUGGUGAAGUUACGUUAUCAAACAACGACCACGUGAAACCACGCUGCGCUCCAAUCCGCGAUCAAAAACAAUUCGCGCACACCGAAAAUUCGAUCAAAUUACCAGGUCUAAUUGGACUAUCCCAUGGGGAUAGCGCAAAAGCAAGAGGAGCCACAUCAAGCUUGGACACCGCCGCCUACUGCGUCCGAUAUGUAAAACUAAACGGCAGCGCCACCUUCGAUUCGCGUUUUCGUCGCGCGCGCGUGUUUCGUCGUGUUCGUGUGAGUGUGUGAGAGAAGAUCAAGAUCAAGAAGCAAUCGAGUGUUCAGAUUUUGCCGAUAAAUCCAUUAAGUGAUCGCGUUUGGCGAGAAAUCACGAUCAGUGCAAAAGAAGAUCACCCCAAAUUACCGAUAGAAGAUUUUGAAGAAGUUUCGUAGCAUUUGUGAGAGAGAAGUCCCGAAAAAUUUGCAUGCAAAUGAAGGGCCCCUGUUUGUAAUUGUUUCUUCCCAUUAUUGGAAGCGUGUGAAGCUCGUAAUUAUCAAAGUGCUAGUGUAUGAGAUUUCAUCAAAAGUUCCGCCGGGCAAAUAAUUAGCAAAUCAGUGUCUAUUGCCAGAUGUUUCCUAGUGUUUGUGAUCAAAGCAAGAAGCGUGGUAUUGCCAGAUGCAUCGUCUCAAUUCCUCGCGUCGUUUACUCGUUGCUGUUCUCGUCAUCUCCAGCAGCACCUGAAGCAGUAGUAGGAAGCCGCAGAAGCCAGUCAUGUGCUCCCUUCAAUUAAAAUUUAAAUGAGCAUUUGGUGAUGUCAGUACUAGCGGAUGAUAAUGAAUUGGAUUAUACUCGGGGUGGUUUUCAUCCUAACGCCGCAGCUUCGCCGGGAUCCCUCCUCGCUGGCGGAGUCUUCGCCUUCGUCGGCCCCGUCGCUGCUCGUCAGCCUACUGAACCAUGGCGGACAGAUUGCAGCCGUCCAGGGGACACCACUCACUUCAGAUCCCAUCCCGGUAUCGUUGCGGGCGCUGAAUCCCUUCAUCAAGCACUGGGAGCCGGCGCGGUUCGAUCGCAGUCAGCUGGAGGUGGCCCAUCGGCACCACGAGACGCACCGCAGGCGGAGGCGUGGUGUCAACUAUGACCAUGGGUCGUCCAGCUACGGGCCGGCCAACGUGGUCCGGCUCAACUUCCACGCGCACGAUAGAGAUUUCCGCCUGGUGCUGCGGGAAGAUCCCUCCUCGGUGUUUGCCCGGGACAUCCAGAUCGAUAACACCGAGGGGCCCGUCGAUUUCGACCUGUCGCGAGUCUACACCGGCAUCGUAGAAGAUGCAGGAAAGCCGAGGGAAUCCUACGCUGCCGUUGGAUUUGGAAGUUCCCUACAACGACGACUACAGUCUGACGCGAAACCACGACUACAAGAGCCGGAUCAUUACCCGGACCAGUCUGACGAACGGCGGCAGCGGCCAAACCGUGAACAAGAACAUCAACACCAACCUCUUCCAUCCGCCGACGACGGUGAACAACCGGAAGAACCACUUCCUCAUCAACACCUACAAUCCGAACGGGGAUCCUAACCAGCGGAUCAUCACCCGGACCCGGAACGUGAUUGGAAACGUGUACGAUCGGAACGGAAAUCAGUCCAACUCGAACCCGAACCGGGAAACGCACGUGGAGAUCAUCACCAAGAAUGGGUCCACCAAGAAGAACAUCAUCGGGAACAACUACGACCCGGAUGUGCUCAUCACCGGAACCAACGGGAACAAUCUGAACCUGAAUGUGCGCAACGAGCUGAACGAGCAGAAGCAGUCCUUUGCCAACUCGCUGUACGAUCGGAAGAGUACGUGCAUGUUGUAUCUGCAGGCGGAUCACACGUUCUUCCAGAAGAUGGGCUCGGACGAAGCGAGUAUUGAGGCCAUCACGAGGCACGUUCAGCGGGCGAAUAUCAUCUACCGAAAGACCGAUUUCAACGGCGAUGGCAAACCGGACAACAUCACGUUCAUGAUCAAACGCAUCAAGGUGCACAAUCAGAACGCCCUCAAGGAUCCGUCCUAUCGUUUCGCUGGCAGCUACGGCGUGGAAAAGUUCCUGGAGCUGUUCUCAGAGGAAGACUACGACGCGUUCUGUCUGGCGUACAUGUUCACCUAUCGGGACUUCGAGAUGGGCACCCUCGGACUGGCGUGGACCGGUGACCUCAAGAAUGCCGGCGGAGUUUGCGAAAAGAAUGGGCACUACCGCGGUUCGCUGAAAUCGCUCAACACCGGCAUCGUGACGUUGCUGAACUAUGGCAAGCAUGUCCCACCGGCCGUUUCGCACGUGACCCUGGCGCACGAAAUCGGACACAACUUCGGCUCACCGCACGAUCCAGAGCAGUGUACACCGGGCGGCGAAGACGGUAACUUCAUUAUGUUCGCUCGGGCCACUUCCGGCGACAAGCGGAACAACAACCGCUUCAGCCCCUGCUCCCUGAAGGCGAUCGAACCGGUUCUGAAUGCGAAGGCACGCAGCGCCAAAGGAUGCUUCACCGAACCGCAAGCGUCUAUCUGCGGGAAUGGUGUGGUGGAACAUGGCGAACAGUGCGACUGCGGUUGGGAAGAGGACUGCAAGGAUUCGUGCUGUUACCCGAUGUCCAGGCAUCCACGGUUCGAUCAGAAGCCCUGCACGUUAACUCCAAAAGCUCAAUGCAGCCCUUCGCAAGGUCCGUGCUGUACGCUGGAGUGCACCCUCAAAACCGGAGACAAGUGUCGCGAUGAUAACGGGUGCCGUGAUCCGGCCUAUUGCGACGGUAGUAUGCCACUUUGUCCUCCGUCCGUGAACAAGCCGAACAAAACGAUCUGCAACAAGGAGUACGUGUGCUACAUGGGCGAAUGUACCGGUUCGAUCUGCUUGGCGUACGGCCUCGAAUCGUGCCAGUGUGCUGUGGGGCCAAACGAUCCGGCAGCUCGAGCUUGCGAGCUGUGCUGUAAGCUUCCCGGCGAAGACAAGCCGUGCCUCAGUUCGUUCGACUGGAACGAUCCACCGUUCGAUGUUCCGGACAUGUACGCCAAGCCUGGAACACCUUGCAACGACUACAACGGUUACUGCGACGUAUCGCAGAAAUGCCGCGAGGUAGAUCCUUCCGGUCCGCUGGCCACCUUGAGGAAGCUGCUGCUGUCGGAGGAGAGCAUAGCCAGCUUUAAGAAGUGGGUGAUAUCCAACUGGUACGCCGUUGCCCUGAUCGUGGUGAUCGUCUUAGCGCUACUGAUUCUGAGUGCAAAACUACUGGGCAAGCGGACGAACCUGAAGCUCAAAACGGUCACGAUAAUCCACAGUGCGACGACGGAGACGGUUCGCCUGCCGGAGGACAACAACGGCGUCAUAGUGCACACUGCCGUGCGCACCAAGGUACCGCUGAGAAAGAAGGUUCGCGGCGAGCGAUCCAAGUCCAAAACGGGUCCACUCCCGCCGGGUCAAUCCGUUCCGAAGCAGCUUCUCGCGACAGCCAACGGUCCCGGAGGAGCGGUCACAACGACGGCGGCGGCGGCAGCCGGAAAUUCAACCGCGGUUCUUCCAUCCAGCUCCAAGGAUCGGUUCCAUCUGUCCAGAUCGUCAACGAGCAACCCCGCCACGGUAGUCAUAAAGCAGGUCAAACGGCACGUCGGUAAGACGACCACAACCACCACGAUAGCCGGUGGCAACUCCGAUAGUCCCAAGAAGCUCAUCAAGAAGAAGAAGAAACGUUCCAACGCCACUCCCGGUAAUCCCUCGGACGAGUCUCCCGUCAAAGAACCCAUCACCAAACAGAAGAAGAAAAAGACCAAAUCCAAACACAAAGAAGUGAUCGACUACUCGUCCAGGACUGACGCCCACAGUCACUCCAACACCUUCGGGAAGGUUCAUCGGUGGCUUCUGGAGUCUCCAAUCGUUACGAAUGCCACUAACCAGUUCGAGCACGCUUCCAAAGUCACCAACAUCAUGAACAAAAGCCAAUCGACUCCGGAGCAUCUGACAACGGCCACUGCCAACGCAAUAUCUCAGCAGCAACCUCGGUCGCCAAAGAAGACCCGAGUGAAGACCAAAUCCGUUGGGAACAUCAACGAGAAGGUUCGCCUGCAGGUCGUCUAUAAACCGCCCUUCAAGUUCAGUCUCAAGUUGUCCAAAAACGACCCCUCCGUGAAAACCCACGUCGUAGCGGGCCCUGUCAGUAAGCGCAAAGGACGUAUGGUGGACCGGAAACGCGUCGCCGCAGCCAUCCAGUCUGAGGUGCCACGUGGUCGGGCAGCCAUCUUGGUUCGACCUGCCGACGACAGCAUCCCCAUUGUAAGCCCUCUGUCGGAACCCAACUACGAAACCCUCAAUCCGCGCAACCUGCCCGAGUCUCCACCGUCCCCAUCGUCCGAGACGCACGUCUACGAGAACGUGACGUUCCAAAAUGGCGCCGGUGGUGCGACCGAACUGCCAAACUCAGUGCCUCCCCCCAUCAAUACCGCCACCUUCCGCAUCAACCGUAGUGCUAGUGGUAGCAACAUAGUGCAUCCCGGUGGAUCCCACUUCCGGAACCCAUCGAUAACCUCGGUGAGUCAGAUCCGACCCACCUCGUCCGGCCUGCGUGGCAGUUCCUCGAACCUCGCCGCCGGAAGUAGUCAUAGCAAUAGCAAUAGCCGGGAACGAGACAAACAUCGGCGCUCCUAUGGCGGAGCGCUGGGCGGCGAAAGCACCGAAAGUCUCAUCCGUUCCAGUACAACGAAUCUGGCCAAGACGGCUAGCAGCAAGCGGAACAGCUUCGCUGAGAAGCGUCGCUCCAGCUCAAUCAGCCUACACCAGCGCCACUCCGGGUCGGCGUCUAAUCUGCACUCGAUGAAGCGACAUUCCGGUUCGUCCAGCCAGUACCUCAACCAGGAGCUUCCGUCGGGGUCGUCAGUGCCGCAUGAAGGGCCGCCCCUCGGUCGGAGGCACAGCACCAGCGUUAGGCCAGUAGAUAGCAGCACCGGUGGUAGCCAGAGUAACGGUAGUAACAGUAUGAAGAAGCAGAAAAUCUCUCGUACUGCUAGCAGUACGAAUCUCAGCGGUGGCGGAGGCUCUGCGGCACAGCGCCGCAGCAGUAUAGGAAGCAGGCAGCCCCCGCAUCUGUCCCGGCAAACGUCCCUCAAAGUUAAGCUGCACCACAAGCCGAGCGCGUCGGAUCGGGUAGGGGACCGGAGACCGCACACAUCGUCCUGCGAUGAUCGGCAUCCGACGGUGGGAUUCGAGUGGCCAAAGCGACCUUCCGGGGUGGACUAUGACGAUCCACUGCCGUCGGAUUUGGAGGUUAUGGUGUCGGACGCGGAGAAUCUGGUGGGCGAUAGAUAACCGCGCGCCGGAUGGACCCCGGGAAUAGUUAGUGCGAUUUAGAAAGUUCGUGUUCAUAUCGAUUUUAACGAGGGAAAAAGAGGACAGUGAAGGAGGAAUGUGAUUUUAACCAAAAGGUUUUCGGGGCGGAGUCAAACGCUUCCGGAGUUUAGUUUGAUUUAGUUUUCUUUAUCAAGUGCCAAUGUGUGAGUGUUGGAACGGGGGUUGAAGAAGUUCGAGGGGACACAACGGGCUAGGAACAUCUCAUGACCAUGUUUUUUAUUAGUUCUGCUGGAGAAGGAUUUUGAUGGGAACAGAUGGGAAUGACAGCAUAUCAGAAAGUGGAGAUCUUGAGGGAAAACUUAACAAGCUUACUGGCAACCAUUGGUAGAUUAGAAGAUCUUGAAGUAGAUGAUGCUUCAACGUAAUUAUCGUUUUUUGUUCAAUCGUGGCUUAUUUUAAUUGUUGAAUCUGUGAUUCGAAGUGUCGUAUUGAAAAUUCGAGUGACAAUUAGAAGUUCGGCCGUCAAAACUUCGGCGAUGUUCGGCGUUGGCAUAGGCCAGGGAAAGUGGUUCACCCAGCGUGAAUUUAUAGCAGAGAAAAAGUAGAUUUUGUAAGAAUUUGACAGGAAAAUUAAUGACAAGUUCAUCCACUUCUCCUGGCCUAUUCUAAUUUAGUGCUUCGCCGACGAAUAAGGAAUGCCUUUGUCGGCAUAGCACUUCGGUAGAAUGCCGACGUCGAACUUCGACGAACUUUUGUUGGUGAUAUUUAAUAUCUCUUAUGAAGUUCGGUCUAACGUUAAUCUUUAUGCACAAUACUUUGUUGCAAUGUUUUGCGAACCGAUUUAGUAUUUUCGCUCACCCGUUACUCUAGUGAUACAUAACUAACAUUGCAAUGUUUUGUUCAACAGCUUGUUGAAUAGUUUCCGCCAUCGUCUACAUACACUGAAAUUGCCAUUUAUGUAAUUUUUAUGCAUUUAGCUUGACACAUACUUCUGAAGGUUUGUAUUUAUACUCGGAGCAUUGAAGCUUGUGGUAAGCCAAGAGAUCAUUUAGAGGCUCGAUGGUUAGUGUGACGGCUAAGUCAGGGACACAGCAGUGGAAGACAGCGUAAGUGGAUUCGGAGUGGACAGCAGCAGCAAUAAAGCACACGCGAGAACUACGUUUAGAAUCGUUUAAUAGAUAAUAGAAAACACAACU